AUGGAACCUCUCGUAGAAAACCUCAAGAAGCAAGUCACAUGUUCAAUUUGUCUCGAUACUUACUCAGACCCGAAAAUAAUUUCGUGCUUCCACACUUUUUGUUGCAAGUGUUUGGAGGAACAUGCAAGAAACACCCAAAACCAAGGCAAAUUCAGAUGCCCCGAGUGUCAAGCAGAUAUCGAAUUACCAGAAGGAAAUCGCUUCGACCGUUUGCCCACCAGCUUUCACCAAAAUAGUUUGGUAGGUCUCCUUGAAACGGAAGAUCGCGAGGCCUUGCUCAAGCCGCCAUUUUGCUCGCAACACAAGAACGAAAGACUACGAUAUUUCUGCUUUUCCUGCGAAGCGUGUAUUUGUCCUGUUUGCUUCGCCGAAGACCACCGAGGCCAUGAAUUCGACGUUAUUGAAAAAGCACUACAGGAGGAUAAGAAAUACAUCAUGUUGAAUGUCAACACCAUUAAGGAAGAGGCAAAAUUGUUUCGAGAAGAGAUAAAAAAGCUUGAGAAAACCUCUGAGGAUGUUGAAGUGACUAUCGCAAUCGCUAAACAAGAAGUGUCUGAGGCAGCUCAACACGUGAUCACAAAGAUGCGACAGCAAGAAAAACAGCUCCUAGAGUCCUUAGAAAUGACGCGUCGGAAGAGAAUAGAGCGAAUUCACUCGGCAAAGCAAGAACUGGAAACUCUGGUAAAACAAAUGAACCAAGCGGCUGAGUUUGCGGAAAAUCUGGUGCAGAGAAGCUCAGGCUUGAAUAUUAUACAGACCAAGACAACUUUGAAGCAGAAAUUCCAAGAGCUUCAUGGAGUUGAGAUUUCAAAGCAUCAUCUGACAACAUUUGUCAAAUUUACCGCGGCAUCGCAACAAGACUUGAAACUGGGUUUUAUUCAACUCACCGAGAAACCGGCAAAAGCCGCUAAAUCAACUAUAGAAGGAUUGGAUCGAACUUUCCAGGCCGGUGUAGAAGCAGAGUUCACACUAUGUCCAAAAACAGCAGACGGAGAGAUUAGUAACCAGGCUGAUCUUAACGAUCAAGUUGAAUUCCUGAUAAAACCCACCCAAGAUGUCACAAACGUGACUGUUCAAGGAAGAGAAGACGGCAAUCUAAAACUGAAGUUUACACCUAUAGUGCCUGGCGCCUACAGCGUUGAGGUGAAGAUUAAUGGCGAAAAGCUUCCGACCUGUCCGUUCGCUUUACCAGUGAAAGAACGUCAACUUGUCAUAGUCGGUGAAUUGGACUUGAAGUUCAACCAAGGGCAGAAGCUUAGGGGACCCACCGGAAUCGCCGUAAAUAGGCAAGGAGACAUAGUUGUUGUAGAUAAUCUUGGACACUGUGUUUUUGUAUUCAAUAAAGAAGGGAACUGUUUAAAACAAAUUGGAAAAGAGGGAACAGAUCCUGGACAAUUCAAAUGUCCCACCGGAGUGUUACUUUUAAACGACCACGAAGUUCUUGUUGCAGAUGCGUUAAAUAAUAGAAUACAACACAUAAAUAUCCAGACAGGAACUGUUUUGAAAACCUUUGGAAAAAAAGGUGAGAGAAAAGGAUACUUUAUGGCUCCAUGUUCUGUGCACCUCGAUCACGCAGAACGUUUUGUUGUCACUGAAUUGCAUAACAAUAGAGUUCAAGUAAUGUCAAAAGAGGGCGAAGCUCUAUUCACAGUAGGAGACAGCGGUCCAGAGAAACUCAGUACACCAUACAGCUGCAUUCAUUACAAAAACAUUUUCCUGGUAACUGAUAGAGACAAACACAUCAUAAAAGCAUUCGAUGCGUCAAACACUUUCCUGUACAAGUUUGGCAAAAAAGGGAAUCAAGACGGACAGUUCAACGUACCCUGUGGCAUGUGUUUAGACGGCUCCAAUAACCUUCUCGUUUGUGACUCAAGCAAUAACAGAGUUCAGCAGUUUUCUUUGGACGGUCGCUUUACGGGCAAAACUAUCGUUCCUUUACUAGGUCCACGUCGAAUUGCAACAGCGCCAGAUGGGCGUAUACUAGUCUCUUGCAAAGUAGCGAAGAAAAUAUACAUUCUGAGCUAUAUCUAUAGCAAUAUCCGUGUCGUCACCAAUGCAGACGAUACUGCCAGGUCCACUUUUUGCGCGAUCAUAAUGGAACCUCUCGUGGAAAACCUCAAGAAACAAGUCACAUGUUCAAUUUGUCUCGAUACUUACACAGACCCCAAAAUAAUUUCGUGCUUCCACACUUUUUGUUGUAAGUGUUUGGAAGAACAUGCGACAAAAACCCACAGACAAGGCAAAUUCAGAUGUCCCGAGUGUCAAGCGGAAAUCAAUUUACCAGAAGGAAAUCGUUUCGACUGUUUGCCUACCAGCUUUCACCAUAAUAGUUUGGUAGGUCUCCUUGAAACGGAAGAUCGCGAGGCCUUACUGAAGCCGCCGUUUUGCUCGCAACACAAGAACGAAAGAUUACGAUAUUUCUGCUCUUCCUGCGAAGCGUGUAUUUGUCCUGUUUGCUUCGCCGAAGAUCACCGAGGCCAUGAGUUCGACGUUAUUGAAAAGAGAGUGCAAGAAGAUAAGAAACACAUCAUGUUGAACGUCGACACCAUCAAGGAAAAAACAAAGUUGUUUCGAGAAGAGAUUAGAAAACUUGAAAAAACCUCAGAGGAUGUGGAAAUGAUUAUCGCAAUCGCUAAACAAGACGUGUCUGAAGCAGCUCAACACGUGAUCAUAGAGACGCGACAGCAAGAAAAACAGUUGUUAGAGUCCUUAGAAAUGACACGUAGAAAGAAAAUAGAGCAAAUUAAAUCGGCUAAGCAAGAACUGGAAUUUCUGGUAAAACAAAUGAACCAGGCGGCUAAAUUAGCGGAAGGUCUCGUUCAGAGAUGGUCUGGCUUGCAUAUUGUAUCCAACAUGACAACUUUGAAGCAGAAAUUUCAAAAGCUUUGUGAAGUUAAGAUUUCAAGGCAUCAUCCGACAACAUUUGUCAAAUUUACUGCGGCAUCGCAACAAGACUUGAAACUGGGUUUUAUUCAACUCACCGAGAAACCGGCAAAAGCCGCUAAAUCAACUGUAAAAGGAUUGGAUCAAACUUUCCAGGCUGGUGUAGAAGUAGAGUUAACGUUGUGUCCAAAAACUGCAGAGGGAGAGAUUUGUAACCAGGCCGAUUUUCACGAUCAAGUUGAAUUGCUGUUAAAACCUGCCGUUGAUGUCACAAACGUGACUGUUCAAGAAAAAGGAGACGGCAAUCUUAGGCUGAAGUUUACACCUAAAGUGCCUGGCGCCUACAGCGUUGAGGUGAAGAUUAAUGGCGAAAAGCUUCCGACCUGUCCGUUCACUUUGGCAGUGAAAGAACGUCAACUUGUCGUAGUCGGUGAAUUUGACUUGAAGUUCAACCAAGGGCAGGAGGUCAAGGGACCAAGUGGAAUCGCCGUUAACAGGCAAGGCGACAUAGCUGUUGCAGAUUAUUACGGACACUGUGUUUUCGUAUUCAAUAAAGAAGGGAACUGUUUACAACAAAUUGGAAAAGAAGGAACAGGUCCUGGACAAUUCAAAAAUCCAAAUGGGGUGUCAUUUUUAAACAACAACGAAAUUCUUAUUGCAGAUCAAUCAAAUAACAGAAUACAACACAUAAAUAUCCAGACAGGUACUGUUGUAAAAACCUUUGGAAAAGAAGGUGAGGGAAAAGGAAACUUCAAGACUCCACUUAGUAUUUGCCUUGCCGAUACAGAACGUAUUGUUGUCACUGAAUUCAAUAACAAUAGAGUUCAAGUAAUGUCAAAAGAGGGCGAAGCUCUAUUCACAAUAGGAGACAAUGGUCCAGAGAAACUCAGCACACCAUACGGCUGCGUUCCUUACAAAAACAUUUUCCUGGUAACUGAAAGAGACAAUCACGUCAUAAAAGCAUUUGAUACGUCAAACACUUUCCAGUACAAGUUUGGCGAAAAAGGGAAUCAAGACGGACAGUUCGACGCACCCCGUGGCAUGUGUUUAGACGGCUCUAAUAACCUUCUUGUUUGUGACUCAAACAAUAACAGAGUUCAGCAGUUUUCUUUAGACGGUCGCUUUACAGGCAAAACUACCGUUCCUUUACAAGGUCCAAGUCGAAUUGUAACAGCGCCAGAUGGGCGUAUACUAGUCUCUUGCAAAAAAGCAAGUAAAAUACACAUUCUGAGGUAAAUCUGUUACAAUUCUAUGAAUCAUUCAAAUGUUGUAUGCCCGCGGAAACCUAAGUCGAAUACUUUCUUUUUUAAGGUAAAAUUUUUUCACAAAUGGCAAACACUCAACGGUGUAAAUGCAUUGUUAGCCCUUAGGGGGAGGGUAAGCACAAAAUUGACUAAUGGCCCACAAGCAGUCAGAUAUAUAGGAAAAUUAUCUUCAGAAAAGGAGACUUAAACGAGUCUAAGAUAGAUUUAACCAGUCUUGUUGUGGUCUGCCUUUCACUUCAUCUGGUCGAAUGAGA